GUAUUUAAUAUAGGAAAACUUGUAGAUUUUCAAUGGAAGCUUGGUGUUGCAUCAGCAUCAAAUCAUUCAUCACAAUUAAAUACACCAUUCAUCACAGUUUUUAUUAAAGUUUUAGAUUCAAAUAGCAAAGUUACUGCUCAUUCAUUCGAGCUUACAAUUUCAGAGUUUAAGAAUUUUGCACAACAAUUUAAAGAUAUGUCACAACUAAUUGAAUCUUUAUAA